AUGGACGAUGCUGAAGAUCCAUUUGGUUGGCUGUACGAUGAAGCUAUUAUUCAUACACCAUCGACUGCCGGUAUGUCAUUGUCUCAAUGGGAUAACAAAUACGAGCCAAGCAACAAUCCAAUUUCACCUUCUCAAAAAUCGAAUGGAAAACGGGAAUUUAGACGGUGGCUUGCUUCCACUGGAUACCAAGGGCGCUGGCGUUCAACCAAGAACUAUCGCACGCUCAGUCAACUUGACCAAGCAACGUUUCGAAGCCAAGUGAAGGCCAUUUUCCAUCAUGUUCUCAAUCAAUUUGCUUCGAACGACGAUGAUAUAGUCUGGGAAGACGUGAUCGAUGAAGAGACAAGAAAACCGGCAAGGACAAAGGAUGAGUAAUAAGGAAAAGAAGACUUCUCUUCUUAAAAACUGCGUCUAUAAUGAGUGUCCCUUUUUCUCUCCCAGAGAUUAUGAGGUCGUCAUACGGUCACUGGCCGAUGUCUAUUCCCGAGCCGAGCAUUGGUCGACUAAACGUCAAUUGUCGUCAAUCGUGGCCCGCGACCUGCCUCCUCGUUUGCUCUAACUCGAAUUUCCAGGACUAACAGAUUGGAAAAUAAGGGCCGCACAGUCGCAGGCCUUUUUCCAAGGUAAAUUGAAGAUUAUAACGCGACUAUUACUCUUACUCCUAGACACAUCGUUUAUUCUUCUUCAGGAAGAGGAACUCUUCCAAACACAACGCGUGCUCCUAUCGAACGAUACGUAGAAGAACAGUUGGCGCACUUUAUUGCCUUUAUUCAAUUGCCUCAUAUCACGAUAGAUAUGCCAUCUGGAGAGCGAAAACUGAAAUUGAGCAGCGGUGAAAAAUUAGUUGUUCCUGACGUCA